AUGCAAAUCUUCGUGAAGACGCUGACGGGCAAGACCAUCACGCUCGAGGUGGAGAGCAGCGACAGCAUCGAGAAUGUGAAGAGCAAGAUCCAGGACAAGGAGGGCAUCCCGCCCGACCAGCAGCGCCUGAUCUUUGCGGGCAAGCAGCUGGAGGAUGGCCACACCCUGGCCGACUACAACAUCCAGAAGGAGUCCACCCUGCACCUGGUGCUGCGCCUGCGCGGCGGC